AUGGCAGCUUCCAGAAUUCUUUCAGCCCCACGGAAAUCCUUUGUGUCCCAACGGGCCCUCAGUGAGAUUCUGGAGCUGGUGGGUUCAGAUGACGAGGAGGGAAGGCCCCCUUCCAGAGCCACGAUCAAGAGAAAGAGGCAAACCGAGCUGCGUGGAGAGACGCCCUACGGGCCGCUCUGGCGGAGCAUGUCCGACUUGGUCAUGUCAGAGGGCGCGCCUCUGACACUGUCCUAUUUGGACCCGGCUGCCAUGUUCUGGUGGGCAUGUGCUCAAUGCAGAGGGUUCCAAGAGCACAUGGCACAAUGUGCCGCGAAACACACCUCUAACCCCGACCACCCUUGGGAUCUUUGCAUUUAUUGCGACGAGGUGUCGCCUGGUAACCAGCUCAAGCCACAAAACGACCGCAAGCUUCAGGUGGUCUAUUUCUCGCUAAAACAGCUGGGCGGACUGGCGUUGUCGAAAGAAGACAGCUGGUUUAUUUUCACGGCCGUUCGGUCUGUUGAUGCCAAGCGCCUUGCCAAUGGCAUGGCCCAGCUGAUGAAGCGAGUGCUGGAGGUGAUCCUGGUCGAACGCUGCGACGUUCUUCGGCACGGAAUCUUGCUUCCCUUGCCGAACAACCAGGCAUGGACUCUGUGCUGCAAGCUUAGACGCCUCCUCAUUGCAGACGAGGCUGCACUGAAACAGGUCUGGGAGGAUAAGGGUGCCUCCGGCAACAGACUCUGCUUCUGUUGUCAGAACGUAGUCUCCGAAGCUUCACAGCUACACGCGACGGACCCCACAGGGUUUUUGGUCAGCCACGCAAAUCCGGAUAGGAGCAAACUGGCGCUCCAAACAGACGCAAGAUUUCUGGAGACUGCAGCCUUCCUAGCGCAGCAGCGCCCCUUGCUGAACGUGGGACAGUUCAAGGAAAAGGAGAAGGCCUGCGGCGUCAAUUUUACGGCGCACGGCGCUCUGUUCGCGCCCAGAUUGCGGCCCAUGCUAAAGCCCAUCUCCAUCAGCAUGUUUGACUGGACGCACUGCUUCCUGGUUGCAGGUGUGUUUCAGACGGAGAUGACGUAUCUGCUCAAGGUCCUUCACGCAGUGGAUAUCCAGCGGGCUGAGCUGCACGAGUUUUUCCAGGGAUGCCAGUGGCCGAGCUACAUUGGAGGCCGAACUGUGACGGGGAGGAACCUUUUUGCCAAGAAGUCUUCAGACUUCAAGUGCUCAGCCUCGGAAGGGCUGGCAUGUUUCCCUGCGAUGCGAGCUUUUUUGCAGACUGUGUACCGCCGCAUCCACAGCGCGCCUGCGCGAUCCUGCGUUCAGUCCUUCUUUGCCCUCUGCGAUGUUCUGGAUCUGCUCCAGGUGUCUGCAACUGGGCAGCUGAGCGCUGACAGUCUGGAUGCAGCGACCUGCAAGCACUUCCGGCUGUAUCUGGGUGCUUAUGGCGCAAAUGCUGUGUUGCCGAAGGGCCAUUUUGCGCUGCACUUGCCUGACUCUCUUCGCAGGCAUGGUCUUCUGCUUUCAUGCUUCGUGCAUGAGAGGCGGCACAAGGAGGUGAAGCGCUUUGCAAAUCAGCUCACCUCCAUGAAGGCAGGCUCCGAAUGCCACGUCCUGGAAAUGGCGUUGGAACAACACCUGCAGAAUCUCGCAACCUACAGCGUAGGGCGGGACGGUUUGGAGAACCCGCGUCCGGCUCCACAGGCGUUGUGCGAGACUUUCUGCGAUUUUUACAGUCUCCAAGCCUGCCCCGGUCUCCAAACCUCAAACUCGGCCGCUGUUGGCCAGG